AUGUCGGACGCCGGCCUUGACCCAGUACUGUCGGAUCAUGAAGUGGGCGACGGGGCGAGUCCUGGAGAGAAUGGCGCGCAAGGCACACCACGUGAUACUGUCGAGGACGAUGGUCUAGACGACGAUGUGGACGAUCUGUUCGGCGACGACGACGACGACGACGAGGCGCCUGCAUCCCCUCAGCGGAAGCUUGACGAUGCUGAACUUGACUCGGGCGAUGACGAAGGGCGGACAGACCGCGUCAAGGCGCCAGACGCUGCAGAGGGUGAGGUCGAGCAGCAGACAUUUGCAUAUAUGGAUGCAGACCUAGCGCGACAUGCCAUUCCCGAACCUACCGACAACGAACUCUACUUACUCAAAGUCCCCCGCUUCUUGUCCAUAGAGCCGAAUGCCUUUAACCACAAGACCUUCCAAGCACCCACGACAGAUCACCACUCCAAAGUGGCUGCCUCGGAGACCUUCUCUGCCUUCAACACGGCCAUGACCACAAUCCGAUGGCGUCGUUCGCCUUCGAACAAUGCUCAACUUCAGUCCAAUGCACGCAUACUGCGGUGGUCUGACGGCUCACUGACCCUGCAGAUGGCAAACGACCCGACCAUACAAUUCGACAUCGAUUCGGCCGCUCUGGCACCGCCUCAGGUCAACCCAAAGAUCCCCACGCCGACGUCUAUCAAGGAGGACAGGACUGGCACCAAGACUGAUUCGAAGAAGGAGAGCUACACGUACUUGGUUGCCCCAUAUGAGGAGUCAAAUGUGAUGCGCGUUACCAACAAGUUCACCACAUCGCUCGUCGUAGUACCUGCCUUAAAUUCGAAGGAUGCCGCACUGGAAAAGCUGCAGAAUGACCUCGCGACACUAGCAACUCGAGGUCGCGAUGAUGCUGAUCAAGCCAUCUCGUUCGUCGAUGUACAAGAAGACCCCGAACUUCGGAGGCAACGCGAGGAGGCAACCUUUAAGGAGAAGCAGCGGCAAGCGCGCGCCCGUGAGAAGCACGAAGCCCGCCAAGCUGAACGCGUGAACCGCACCAUGGGCCGCAGCGGUGGCCGCGCCAGCGGUGGGCUCAACAUCAACGAGCUAGAAGACGACGACACACCUCGAGGACCCCGCAAACCAAGGCAAAAGAGCGGUCUUCGUCGUGACUGGAGCGACGAUGAAGACUACGGCAGACCUGGACGGAACCGCGAAGACGAUUACGACGAGGAAGAUGACUUUAUUGCUGCGAGUGAUGAAGAGCCGGAAAUUAUGGAAGGUGACGAUGAUCUUGACGAUGAGCCUGAAGCGAGCCCGAAGAGGGCGAGGGGCGGUGCUGGAAGCGAUGAUGAAGUAGUUGUGAGUCGGACGAAGCGGAGAAGAGUAGUCGACGACGACGAGGAUGAGGAGUAG